AUGGAAACCCACUGCGAGCCAUUAGGACGCAUCAAAAUGGAGCUUUUCAAAGAUGUGGUCCCUAAGACAGCUGAAAACUUCCGCCAGUUCUGCACCGGAGAACACAAGAACCAUCUAGGUCGGCCCAUGGGCUACAAGGGCUGCAAGUUCCACCGUAUCAUUCCCAACUUCAUGUGCCAAGGUGGUGACUUUAUCAACGGUGAUGGCACAGGGUCGGUCUCCAUCUAUGGUACCAAGUACUUCAACGACGAGAACUUCAAUCUGAAGCAUGACCGUCCUGGUUUGCUGUCCAUGGCGAACGCUGGCCCGAACACAAACGGGUGCCAGUUCUUCAUCACAACGGUCCCGUGUCCGUUCCUUGACGGCAAGCAUGUUGUUUUCGGCCAGGUUGUUGAAGGCUUGGAUGUGGUUAAGAAGAUGGAGCAUGUGAAGACGGGGCGCAAGGGCAAGGACGUUCCUGAUCUGGAUGUGGUCAUUGCCCAGUGUGGUGAAAUGUAG